UCCCCUACCUCUACCUCCACAACCACAACCCCUCCUGGCCAGCCCCACAGUGCCCAGAUUUACCUGGCCUCCCCUACCCCCAUCCUCACAACCACGCACCCUCCCAGCCAGCCCCACAGCACCUGGACCAGCCUAGCCUCCCACAUCCCCGCAACCACCCCCCUUUCCAGCCAGCCCCACAGCACCCAGAUGGGCCUUGUCUCCCCUAAUAACACCCUCAUCCUCACAAUGGCCCACAGAGCCCAAACAGACCCAAGCUCCCCGAUCCCAGCAACCACCCAGUCUCUGAACAUGGCCCAUAGCACCUGGCCAGGCCUCGCCUCCACCUCUCCCUCCUACACAACCACCCAGCUUCCUAGCCAGACCCACAGCGCCCGGAUGGGCCCAGCUCCCUCCGACCCCACAACCACCCAGCCUCAGGACGAGACCCACAGUGCCCAGAUGGGCCCAGCUCCCUCCCACCCCAAAACCACCCAGCCUCAGGACGAGACCCACAGUGCCCGGAUGGGCCCAGCUCCCUCCCACCCCACAACCACCCAGCUUCAGGACGAGACCCAUAACAUCUGGAUGGACCCAGCUCCCUCCCACCCCACAACCAUCCAGCCUCAGGAUGAGACCCAUAGCGCCCAGAUGGGCCCAGCUCCCUCCCACCCCACAACCACCCAGCCCCAGGAUGAGAUCCACAGCGCCCAGAUGGGCCCAGUUCCCUCCGACACCACAACCACCCAGCCUCAGGACGAGACCCACAGCGCCCAGAUGGGCCCAGCUCCCUCCCACCCCACAACCACCCAGCCUCAGGACGAGACCCACAGCGCCCGGAUGGGCCCAGCUCCCUCCCACCCCACAACCACCCAGCCUCUGGAUGAGACCCACAGCGCCCAGAUGGGCCCAGCUCCCUCCCACCCCACAACCACCCAGCCUCAGGACGAGACCCACAGCGCCCGGAUGGGCCCAGCUCUCUCCCACCCCACAACCACCCAGCCUCUGGACGAGACCCACAGCGCUCAGAUGGGCCCAGCUCCCUCCGACCCCACAACCACCCAGCCUCAGGAUGAGACCCACAGCACCUGGAUGGGCCCAGCUCCCUCCGACUCCACGACCACCCAGCCUCAGGACGAGACCCACAGCAUCCAGAUGGGCCCAGUUCCCUCCGACCCCACAACCACCCAGCCUCAGGACGAGACCCACAGCGCCCAGAUGGGCCCAGCUCCCUCCCACCCCACAACCACCCAGCCUCAGGACGAGACCCACAGCGCCCGGAUGGGCCCAGCUCCCUCCCACCCCACAACCACCCAGCCUCUGGAUGAGACCCACAGCGCCCAGAUGGGCCCAGCUCCCUCCGACCCCACAACCACCCAGCCUCAGGAUGAGACCCACAGCGCUUGGAUGGGCUCAGCUCCCUCCGACCCCAUGACCACCCAGCCUCAGGACGAGACCCACAGCAUCCAGGUGGGCCCAGCUCCCUCCCACCCCACAACCACCCAGCCUCAGGACGAGACCCACAGCGCCCAAAUGGGCCCAGCUCCCUCCCACCCCACAACCACCCAGCCUCAGGACGAGACCCACAGCGCCCGGAUGGGCCCAGCUCCCUCCCACCCCACAACCACCCAGCCUCUGGAUGAGACCCACAGCGCCCAGAUGGGCCCAGCUCCCUCCGACCCCACAACCACCCAGCCUCAGGAUGAGACCCACAGCGCUUGGAUGGGCUCAGCUCCCUCCGACCCCAUGACCACCCAGCCUCAGGACGAGACCCACAGCACCUGGAUGGGCCCAGCUCCCUCCGACUCCACGACCACCCAGCCUCAGGACGAGACCCACAGCAUCCAGGUGGGCCCAGCUCCCUCCCACCCCACAACCACCCAGCCUCAGGAUGAGACCCACAGCGCUCAGAUGGGCCUGGCCUCUCCCUCCCAGACCCAGGGCGAGCCUCCUGGUACUCGGACACAGUACGCCAGCCCAGCAGUUAAUGGGACAGGUUGUGCCAAGACAUCUGCAGCGCCCUGUCUCCCAGGCACCCCGGCUGCACAGACAGAUGCUGCCCCCAUGCCAGGCCAGCCUCAGGGAUCCGUCCUGGAGACGCCACAGCCUGCCACCCGCACCCUCCCAGCCACUGCCUUCCCCCCAACCAUGCCCUCAACCUGGGCCCUCCCUUCCCCGGCCACUGCUCCCCACACCACCACCCCUCGGGCCAGCACCCUCCCUGCUCCGCCCCUUGCCCAGAGGGCAGUGACUAUGGGGUGGGAGACAAGAGCCCCCAUACCGGCUGCAGGGCUGGGAGCAGUCAGGGGGGAGGGGGAUUGCCAGGAACCAGGCCACGAAUCCCCUCAGAUGCAGGAGCUGAUCCAGGUGGUGCGGGAGCUGCGGGGGGACCUGCGCGCCCUCGUCCAUAUCCAGCGGCAGGAGCGCCGCCAGCUGGGCACCAUUGCUGGCAGCCUGGCCGAGCUGGCGGGGGCCGUACGGCAGCUGGUAGGGGAGCUGCCCAGCCAAGUGCUUCGGGGGCAGAGCCAGCUCCCCUAUCCAGCGUGGCGUAGGCAAGGCCCUGCACCCCCUACUGACAGCCUUGCCUGAUACCUGCCUACCAAAGAGCCCCACUGAGAGACAGACCCCCUCAUCGGCCCGAACUAACCCCCCACUGACGGACAGACCCCCCCUCCCCGGCUUGAACUAACCCCCCACAGACAGACAGACCUCCC